CGCUAUCAGUCCCGCCUUGAGUUGUCCACGGAUGGAGAAUUAAUUCAUAUCAAAUUCAAUUAUCAAGCGUUCUAUAAUAUAAUAAGUCUCCAUCUCUUUGCAUUGGAGAUCCCAUAUUACUACACUCGGUCUGUAAAGCAAAGAUCACAAUAAUGUCAUACUCAUCUCGACCCCUCGGUUCGCAUCUGCGACAGCAGUCCAUGGGUGGUAGUCUGGGUUCAUCUUCUGGUCAAUCCCCCGUCCUACAGGCGCGCAUCAAUGAGAAAAGGGCAGAGUUAGAAAAUCUAAAGCAACUGCGAGAUUUGAGCGCAGGAUUGGCUGGACAGAUGCAAAUGUUGGAAGAGAAACUCUCGACUCUUUCAGAUGGAACAGAAGCCGUCGCAACAGUGUUGGGCAACUGGCACAACGUUCUGCAAGCUAUUAGCAUGGCAUCCAUGAAAAUACCAAAACCCAAAGAAUCAAACGAUGGAGAAGAGGAAUUGGAAAAGAGAACGGGACCUGAAAUACCAUUACCUCAAACUCUAGUCCGAAUACCCACAGAGCACGCGCCAAUGCUACAACCAUCCAAAAAUGAAGAAUCGAAUGAAUGA